AUGGAUUCGGAAACAGACGACAACUGCUACGAGCGGAAGGACAUUCCGGUCGAUAGCUUCGGAGGUGACUUCUAUCACAGCAGAGACGUAACCACGCGCCAGCUCAACCGACAUCACCUGGCGCACUGUGCGUCCGAUCUUUCCCCAGCCAAUGCGCGUCCAAUUUCAUUGCCGGCAAAGCUCAGCAACAAUCCCGACGGUGGAACGUGCGCAAACGGUCGUGAUCAGCUCGACAGCGGAACGAAUUUGGUCGAUAGUUCGUCACUGAUCCGACGGUACGCUGAGGUGACCAAGUUUAAGCAGGAUAUAUCUUCCGGCAGUGGAAACAGUGCCAAUAGGCUUUCAAAAGGGCCGGAUUCUUCACUGGCAAUGGCAAAAAGACGACUCAGCACAUUGCACUCCAGCGUUCAGCAGAACGAAGUGGAAACGAUGGACGACGAUAUGAUGCCUCUGCUCUCAAGUAAUCGUGAACUCUCACAGGAAGAACUUUAUGAAUCACACACAUCACUUGUCUCCAGCUCGGAAGGAGGCAUUAUGGCCGAGGGUGAAGAGACUUCCAGUGACGAAUCGCAGGAAUCGAACAGUUCGGCCAACCCGACCGCGAUCGUAAUGAGCCUGCUGGAACGAUUGCUUCGUUCGCAUCCGGUGUGGUUUUUACCCGGCAUUCAACGUUCCGGCGCGAUCCAUCUGCUGCAGGGGAAGGAAGAAGGGACGUUUAUUGUCCGCGGUUCUAGUCAGUCAAAAACGAUGGCCGUUUCGGUGCGUUUGCCGGUAAACGCAGGACCUUACAUUGAACACUAUCUGAUACAGUCCAACAAUGGGCAGUUGAGUUUGGAAAGCUCUCGCUUCAAAUUUGAAUCCAUACCUGCGCUUAUCGCUCACUACACGCAAUGCUGUGACGAGCUGCCCGUUCAAUUAUGUCUUCCGGUAGCGCUGCGCGAGGCGAAAAAUCGCCAGCAACUAUCAUCACUGGCGCUACUAGGCCAAGAAUUCUGGCGCUAUCCGAUGGCUAGCUCUCCGAAACCAAAACCAACCACCGUACCGGCGACAACACCGUCCGCCACCUCUAGUCACAUGAACACCCCGUCCGAAGCAACGCACUCGAGCGGCAUAGGCAUAUCCGUACUUAAUCAUACACCAAUCGGUCAUGGUACAUCUAUUACCGGGGGCACCUCUUUGGGUGCAGGUGGAAUGGUAAACACGUUCGGGGAGACACCGACCGACACGUUCUCGACGCUGAGCAGUUUCACCGUUAGCAACGGGCAAACGCUGUUGAGUCCGGAAUCGAUCGACAGUGCCAUCAUGAUGUCACCGAUGACAGACCAGAACCAGACGGGGAUCAUUGGCAAAACGAGCACAUUUAAGGCACGCAAGCAGCAAAUCAUUUCACCCACAACGCAACACGAGGUAGAAAAGCAAAUAGAACUGUUCAACGCAAACAUACUGGGGCACGGUAGCCACGGGGCUCAUUCCAACGGGGACGUCACUGGCGGUGAAAUGACAAGCUCAACCUCAUCAUCCAUGGAGAGCCGACAGGGCGAUGUGUUGAACGCGACCAGCACGUUAGAAAGGAAGCCCCGUGCACCUAGACCAACGCCACCGAAUACGCUCAACAUCAAACCGAUUAGAAGUCCACCAGCACCACCGGCAAGACGAAUAAAGCUUCAGAUUGCAGAGAACAGCCCGACAGUGGAGAGAACUACAUUCAUGCAUCAAAAAGACACGGACUUCACACCGACAACGGGAUUUCCUACCAGAGAUACAGCAUUCCAGCGCAGAGAAACACCAGCGUUGAACACUGGCGCUUCCAACAAUUCGGGUUCACAUGUAAGCAAUACCGUGUGGUACUGUGAUACCGACAACACUGUAGGAGAUGGAUCAGAGAAGCAACCACCACCUGCGGGUCAGGUGAACGAUCACAAACCAGAACUCGACAAUCAUUGCUUCAGCGUUCCAGCAAGCACUCGCGUAAGUCGUCGUAACAAGCGAAAAGAAUCGAAACACUAUCAGGAAUCGGACAUUUUAGAAUCACCGUCCGUCUACUGCAGAAGCACUCUCGUAGAUAAGAUCAGUGAUUAUGAGGACAUUUGGACGCAAGAUGCUGCUAGCAAAGCCGAUCGUAGGUCCCUCCUAGGCCAGCGGCAUGGAAUGUUUGGCCAGGAAGAUUUAACUCUAAAAGGUCUUGUCUCUCCGUCUAUCGAUUCCAUGAGUUACAGACAGGGUAAUUUCACCUCCUACCGUGGCCCUGCAGCGCACGGUGGUGCACACACGCAUUACUCUGUCGACAAUCUGGCCGUUGGUAUGAGCGGUUUUGAUUCUGCUAGUGAUCGUGCCAGCACACCGACCGACAAACCAGCCCGUCCACCGGUGGCAUUGAAAACGUUUUCACCCAUACCGAAGGACGAGAGUCGUUUCGGUCGGGCGGUGUUGGCCGAUUCCCGACAGCGAUCGUGCAUGAACAUUUCACACACCACCACACCCGUCGGCACACCGGUGACGCUAGAUGACGCAAUAGGUGGCAUAGGUGGUGGUGGUGUUGGUGGACAGGAGCAAAAACAGGCCAGCCCGUUCUAUGCGGAUCCGGCUGAUAUUCUAAGUAACAUAAUUCGUCGCAGUCCUUUGAAUCGUUUGGCUUCGUCAAACAGCAGCCAGCGUCAUUCGGAACCGCCAAAGCAGCUGUUUGGAAAUGAUGAUAUGCUAUCUUACACGGUGCACCCUUGGGGCAAUGGAAACGGAUGUAAUGUGAAUAACAACUUUGCCGCAUCUCUGGACGAGCUAGCGUUGGAGAAAAACGACUCAAUGGUGUCGGGUGUUCGAAUGCAUGAAUUGAGUAUCACCGGCGGUAGUGGCGUUCACGCUACGAACGAUUAUGACUCUGAUAUCCGAUGGAAAACUCCCUCCACUUCGAUGAAGCCUGUUGAAUCGACAGCGAAGCCACACCAGAAAAGUACAGAUAGUCUAAUGGGCAAACCGAUCACGAUACACCAGAUUAUUGCCAAGAAGUUGCCAGCACUGAAUCUGUCGGAAAGAUUGCUGGAUAGCAUGCUGGCGAAUGAUAGCGGCAUCGGAGGCAAUGGCGAGUCGGAAUUCGGAACGUUAGGCAACAGAGGGCAGCGAAAGUCGGCCUAUGAUAACGUGGAGAAGCAAGCUAAUGCCUAUGCAUCAUCAGCUAUCAAUAGCGCUCAUUCGGAUGAUGGUACCGUUUUUUCUGAACCGUGGGAUAGCUCUCAGUGGGACUCGUUCCUGCCCAACGAACAAUCUUCUCUGGAAGUUGCGAAUAUGGGUAAUAGCUACGACAACAGCAGCUCGGUUGCCAAAGACACCCGCUACCGUAAAGACGUACACCAACAGUUACCACAGUCACAGCAAAAAGUAGCUACUAUACUGCGAUCUCGUAGUUGCCGCGAUCGAGAAAUUUUAUGUCAUCCACGCAACAGGUCCUCACACAAUGGUCCGGGCGAAUCGAUUGCCACGUACGCCUUCUACCUUGCGAGCAAGGCGGAUACAACGUUUUCUCGCAACAUAAGCAAUUUUAUCGCCUGUACGAAGGAAUCGAAAGCGGUUCCACAUCCGCAGGUUGUGAUGCGCAACAUGCGCCAAUUCAUGUCCGGCAUGAAGAACUAUCUGGUGAAGCACGGCGAGGGUGACUUUGCCGGUGAGGUGCAGAAGGCACGAGCUCAGCUGAAAGCGGACGAGUUCCUCAACCUCGACUCCAUACUGGAGGAGGUGAUGCAUAAGCUGGUGAUACUGCCGUUGCGCGAGCAUCUCUACGGUUUGUUCGUGGAUUACUAUAGCCAGUCGGGCGAUAUACAGCUGAUUGUAGAGAAGGUUCGCUCGACAGCAGGUCGCGGUCCACUUGCAUUCGGUAUCAAGGGCAAUGUGAUACCGCCGAGUCCUACAGCGAUGCGACAAAUAGCAACGUUGUUCGUGCGUCUGCAAGAGGCAGAACUACCGUUAGCUAAACUGGACUUACUUCUUGCCGCUGUGUCGACCAUUUUUGAAGCAACCACCUGCUGCAACGGUCAGCAGUUGAGUGCGGACGAUUUCCUUCCCGUGCUGGUGAUGGUUGUGGCACACUGUGGAUUUAUCGGUGCGGAAAUAGAGGCGGAGUACAUGUGGGGAUUGCUACAACCAUCGCUGCUGAGCGGGGAAGCUGGCUAUUACUUAACAGCCCUCUGCAGUGCGGUGCAUGUGCUUAAGAACUUUAGUCUCAGCGAACAGGAAGGAACAUCUACACUGGAUUGGGAUUCAUCUACGAUGCCAAACUGCUCGUCGGUGCUACGCGUGAUCAUCCCGGAUGAAUACAAUGGUUCUAUACAAACGCGCACACUUCCAAUACGACCGCAUACCACCACGAAGGAGGUUUGCCGGAUAAUUGCUCACAAGGCAAGAAUAACAAAUGCCCAAGACUAUGGUCUAUUCAAGCUGAUCGACGGUGAAGAAACUCUUCUACAUGACACCGAAUGUCCGCAAGACGUCCGGAUGACGGCGAAAGGAAAACAUUUUAUGAUAGCGUACAAGAGGAUUGACGCGAAAAUAGCGUGGCCUACCGUGAUGCCAAAUAAUGCUGCUAGCAACAACACUAUGACCACUAGCACUACUAAUACUACAAAUGCUACUGCUAAUAAUGCUAUCAUUACUACCACUACCACCACUACUACUACUGCGAGUGAUAAUCAACUAAAAGUAUAAGCAAACAAUGAAUU